GCGUGAGAGAGAGAGAACGGCAGCAGCUCGUCCGGCAUGACACGAUCGUAAUGUCAGUGAGUUUAUCGCGUGGUCGCCCAGUGAAGGCGAAGCAACAGAAAUAAGCAAUUCACGUUGUGAAAUAAACGCCCCAGAAAAACGUAGCAUCUGUACGUGAAACCAGCCAGAACAGUAGAACGGAACCAUCAGCAGCCAGCAGUGUACCGUAUACGCCAAUGCUCUCGUCUGUGUAGUGGUGUGCGUGACAGGGGCAAAAUGUCCGGCCGGGGUUCGACUACGCCUUCAGUGCGCCGCCGUUUGGAAAAUAGCGAUAGGGAAAGUUCCGAUGAAGAGGACACGGUGCCGGCGAACGUACAGCAUAAUUUGAUCAAAUCGGAGCCCGGAACGAGUGGCCGCAGUGCUAGCAAACACGAUGUUGACAAUUCGCCCGAUGACAGUGGCAGCUCGCGUGGUGAGGCGGAUGGUUCCUUUGUCGGUAAAAUCCGAUCAAACUUUUCGAGCAUGCUAAACAUUUUAUUACCCGUGCGUCAAACCAAGCAGGAGGGAAGUGAAUCACCAGCCCAAAAGCAUACGGAACGACAGUCCGAUGUGAAGAAUGAAGCGGAGCUAUCGGUGGAUGUGAGGAAGCGACCACACUCCCCGAACGUAGCUGCUGAAGCCGAUGAUGCCGGCAUCAUCAGCUAUGACCGUACUUACGAUACGAUCACAAAACGACCUCGGCUACGAGAAACGGCAGACGCGAAGCCUGUGAAAAGCACGCGCACUUCAUCCGAUAUGUUCCGGACGCUGUCAGCACCAUCGUCAUCGAGCGUAAAUCGUCGCCUCAGUGGGUUCCUGGGCAACUCGGUCUACAGAAAGCGAAUGCAGCAGUUACGCAGCGGAUCGACCCACAAGACGCUUUUCGGUUCGGCGCAACUUAAAUCCACGACCAGUGGAAGCGAUUCGGUCGCAUCUUCCCAGCGGCCAUCGUUUAAUAGUUCCGCGGCAAAAAUAUCAAAAUCGUUAAGCACCGGUUGGAUCGCGCCCGAGUACGGAGGGUCCUCGUUUUACGAAGGUUUGACCCGUUUCGGUGGUGCGUCGUCGGCCCGAACACUAGCCACCCACGGUCCACCGCGUCCGACCGUCACAGUGUUGAUGAAAAAAUCGAAUCCACCACAAACGGUCAAACCGGCACCCUAUACGCUGCCGGCCAAAGAUGAAACGAAGGUGGAAAAAAAUGCACCACCACCCAUGUCGUACCCAGCGCAGCGAAUUCUAGAAAUAAUGGAUGAAUUUGCUGCAAAAAGUCCUGCAUCGAAACGCGCACUGGUGACACAGUCGAACAACAACCUUCGCUCACCAAGCACCUUGCAGAUGUUGAACAUAAUCCGCAUGAACGAGAAGGAAUGCGCGCAAGAAACGACGACCCGAAAGCAGCCGACACCACCACAACCACCGCCGCCGACAGCUCCCCUGAUGGAGUAUACGCUUCCACAGCACGUCGAUAAGCAGGCCACCAGCCCGAUAGGUAAGCAAGACUCCACCAAAUCAGCCGGUGGAAAGCAGAUAACGAAAAAGACCCGGCUGCAUGCGGACCCUAUACAGGAACGCGAUGAGACUACGGUCGAACCGAUCCAGCUGCCAAAUCUGCAGCUACCUCCGUUGAUCGAAGGCUUGCCCAAGUUCGAUUUCACUGUGCCGAUGAAGGGCCCACUGCUCCCGGUAGAUAAAGAGGAAGGAUUGAAAAAAGCCACCAGCGUGAAGGAUGAUGAUAAAAAGAAACGGAACACGCCGGCAGCACCACCAAGCGACAUCCCUGUAUUGCGUACAUUUAAUUUUACUUCCCCUUUGGUGUUUGGUGACUGCUCAUCUCCGGCCUCCACUUUUGAUCAUACCGUGCCGGACCUGUCUGUACCGGAACCAUCCACUCCCUUCAUGGAUGAAGUGAAUAAGUUCGUUUUUGCGGCGCCUACACUGUUCAGUGAUAUACCACCACCGGUCACCGUCACCUAUCCUGUGACCGAUGUGGCUCCAUUCACCAAACCGGAACCUUCACUGCAGGAUGACCGUACGUUUGUCUUUAUCUCGCCAUUAGUGCUUGGCAACCCGUUGGAAUUGACGGAUGCGAUUCUCGCGAUGGCCACAUCGUUCACAUUUACUGCACCGGAACCCAUGGAGAACACUGCGGACGUUCCAACGGUACGCUCGUUUAAGGAGCUGAUGGCCGAUUCGGCUAGCAAAUGGGUGUGCGAUGUUUGUAUGAUCCGUAACGAACCACAUCAACAGACGUGCGCUGCUUGCGAAACUCCCAAGCCGACACCUGUGCCAAGCAAACCUAAAGCAGCGUCGCUUCCAGUUGCCACCAACAUCCCCAGUUCUGCAAGCUUUGCCUCGAUUGUCAGCGCUCAGUCGGAUAAGUGGGAAUGUUCGGCAUGCUGCGUACGGAACGAUUCCACUGCGUCGGUUUGCGUAUGCUGUUCUGCGGAGAAACCGACCAAGAACACUAAUUCUGGAAGCUUUGCGGCCAUUGUCAGCGCUCAGUCGGAUAAGUGGGAAUGUACGGCUCGCUGCGUGCGGAAUGAUUCCACAGCUUCGGUUUGUGUAUGCUGUUCAACGCAGAAACCGACCAAGAGCACCAACUCCGGGAGCUUUGCCUCGAUUGUCAGCGCUCAAUCGAAUAAGUGGGAAUGUGCGGCCUGUAGCGUUCGGAACGAUGCCACCGUGUCGGUUUGCGUGUGCUGCGCCACAGAGAAACCGACCAAGAAGAGCACCAACGCUGGCAGCUUUGCCGCUCUUGUCAGCGCUCAAUCGAAUAGGUGGGAAUGUCCGGCUUGCUGCGUGCGGAACGAUUCCGCAGCAUCGGUUUGCGUGUGCUGUUCCACGGAAAAACCAAAAUAGAAGAAAUCAUGUGGGACACCUUUAACGAAUAGAAGUGGACUUGAAGAAGCACGGGAUGAAUUUAAAUCAGUGCCAGUAUCACUGACCUGUAAUCUUUCACAAUACACGAAUAUUUUCCAUAUGAUGGAUUUACUUAUCAGCUACAACAAAAUUGGUGAAUAACGCACGCUCGCUCGAAAAUAAUAACACAGUAAAAUGCUUAUUAGACAAAGAAGUACAUUUCCAAAGCUAAACUAGAAUUCACUUAGGUAUGCAUUUGAAUAAAAAAAAGUGAAGCGAAAAAGAAACAAAAGAUGAGCUUUGUGAGAGUAAAAGGAGACAUGCAAGAAAGUGAAAUUGAACACAUGAGAAGAAGUUAUUGACUUUUCGUUACAAAAAAGGAAUUUUGUUUAUUGCAACACAUUUAUCUAUCGGAACGAAGGAUAUCAAUGCAGCUAGAUUAGAUACAUCUUUCCCAUUACUAUUGAAAAACCUCAUUAUAAUCAUACAUGUUUAUCACAUACAUUUGUAGUAUUGAAAUUGAAGUAGAAUAUGGGCACUAAAUAAAUGUUAUCAAAAGAA